AUGCGGACGGUCGAUAUCCCUUCCAGUGAAGGACUGAUAGUCGAUGAUGAGAACAAUGACAUGUCUAUUGUUCUUUGCUCCACUGUAUCUGCCAGGACAUUCACCAUUGAGCUUGAUGAGUACUCUCUUCCAACUACAAAAGAAUCUCAAGAAAAAGAUGUUGUUAACGAACCAAAUCUCUCAUUCUUUUCACAAGAUCCUCUUCAGGAUGACAGUACUCCUAAAGACACAAAUGAGGACAUUACCACAGAAACAGAGCCUGAGUGCAUCAGACUUACUGCCCAAAUGGUGGUUGAUGGUAUUGCAGAGAUUAUCUUUCUCACAUCUUCUCACUCUGAAUAUCUACAGAACUUUCAAGAAUAUCUUGAAUGUAUGGAAGAAAAUAUGUGUGUCCUCAAUGAGAAAACAGAAGCACGGGUCAAAACACUUCAAGUCACUAUUGAAUAUUUCGAAGGCACAACUGCUUAUAUCAAAGGACAAGUUGCUCGCAACAUGCGGAGGAUUCAAACUCUAGAUCAGAAAAUUCAUAACACUAUUGAAGCAUGUCUCUCUCUGAUGAAUCAGAAGAUAGAUGACUUCAUACAGUUCUUAUCCAAUCUAGAGUCCAUCUAUGAAGCCAAAUUGGAUCAUAUGCAGAAUCAUGUUACUGCUCAUGACCGUUAUAUCUCCACUCUUGAGAAGUCCAUUGCUGAACUAUCUAAAGCUUCUGCAUCAUCCUCCACCUCUCCCUUUCAGGCAUUCAGUGAGCAAAAGACUGUUCAGUUGCUAGUCGAUGAAGUCAAGGCUAUCAAGAAACAAUCUUCCUCUUCAGAUCUAUGUGCUCUUCAAAAAAAGGUUGCAUCCACUGAUUCCAAACUUGACUUGAUCUUAGCAAAGCUAUCUGGUUCAAAUGAGAGGUCACCUGAACCAGAGGGGGAAAAGGUCCACAAGAACAGAUCAAGUCAGUCUCCUAUCAUACACCAAAUUCCAGACUCACCAAAUGAGUUUGAGAAAAGGAGAUAUGAGAAAAUACAGUCACUUGACAAAAUCAUUGUUGAUGCACGAUUAAAGGCUCAACUAACAGAGCCAUGGAAAGUAGAAGAUUAUCUUCAAGUCUUAAAGGAAUUAGCUAAAGAAACUCAAAUGGAGAUAGAUGAAGAGUUAGCUAAGCAACUGAAGGCUAAGGAAUUAAAGUCUAAACAAGAGAUGUUUCGAAAAAAGAAUUCUCCAGAGAUCUCGACUAAAGAAAGGAGUACAUGGCAUGAUAAACAAUUUAGAGUGUCUUCACCUAAAACAACUAUCUUCUUUAACCCUGUUAGAGAUUCCUAUCAAAAGCUAGGAGAAAAGGAAGCUGAGGAACCAAAUGUGAAUCUGAAUAUGUUGAAUGAGUUGCCUGGGAACAUUCUAAAGAAACCACAUAGACGUGUUGUAUUCUCUUCUAAAGGUCGACUAUUCAUGAGAAUCUCCCAAAAACAACUAUUCUUUUCUGAAUUCAUUGAAGACAUCAUCGGUUUAUUGAAGAGAAUAGGAGAUCCAGAAGAAUCGCUGAGAUGA